GGUGCAUAAAAUAUUUUUAAUUCAGUACCCCUAAAAAUGAAAGUAAAUGCGAAGGACCUUCGUUGCCUUACGCUGUCCGAGGUUGAAGAAAGAUACAAGCAGGUAAAGACGGAUCUCCUGCACAUGCGUCAGAGAGAGCAGACGCAGACUGUCAAGCCGCACGAGAUAUACCAGGCGCACAGGAAUGUUGCAGUGGUGAUGACCAUUUUGACAGAUAAGAAAAAGGAGGAGGCUGUAGCAGCAGCGUUUGCUGCGAAUGGCAAAGUGCCAAAGCAAUUUUUGACUAGACUUACGAAGAAAAAGAGAAUGGCACUGAGCAAGGAGCAGCUCAGAAAGUGCAGGAACGGCAAGUCAAGGGCGUACAAGGGUGGGUUGAGGCGAGUGCUGUUUGCUUAUGCGCCGUAAGAAAUAAAACGAUUUUUAAUUAC